AGAAAAACGAACACCACCUUUUGAAUUCAAAUUAUUAUAAUAAUUAAGGGGGUUUGAAUUUAUGGAUUGGAACAUCGCAAUCGGUUACACUCCAAUUUUGUUCUGUUUCAAUGGAGUUUUAAUAAGGUAAACACAAGCGUCUCGAAAAGAUGCAGGCGCAUUUGAAAUUGAGAGGAACCACCUCUAGGGUUAACAACCAACAAGCUACAUUUGAGCUAAAACCUCGCGUUGUUCUUGCACUAAACAAGACACAGAUUCAGAGCAGAAAAAGCAUAGUGAAAAGACUAAAAGAUCCUGAUGCUGUUGUGAGAGAUGCUUGUAUGGAUACCAUGGGUGUUUUAGCAUCCAUAUUAACUUCAUUUGAGGGAAAUUUUGUUAUUUUAGUGAAACCUCUUUUUGAAGCAAUAUGUGAGCAAAAUAAACAUGUUCAAAAUGGUUCUGCUCUCUGUUUAGCUCGGGUGAUUGACAAUGCAAUGGAUCCUCCAGUGUCUAUUCUACAAAGAAUGUUAAUAAAGACAACAAAGUUGCUCAAUAAUCCACACUUCAUGGUGAAACCUACCAUUAUUGAGUUAAACAGAAGUAUCAUUCAGGCAGGAGGGGCCUCAACAGAAAGUAGUUUAAAUGUUACAAUGACUAGCAUUCAAGAAGCUCUUAAGAACAGUGACUGGAGUACACGUAAAGUUGCAUCUUUAGCAUUAGCAGAAUUUGCAUCAAGUAAUGCAUCAUAUUUUGGAUCUUUCAAAUCAUCUUCUAUACACUCCCUUGAAUUAUGUCGCUUUGACAAGGUCAAACCAGUUAGGGACACAGUACUGCAGGCCUUACAGCUCUGGAGAAGUCUUAAAGAAACUAAUGCUUUUGAAUGCUCAGAAGCUCGAUCUUCUAUUAAAGGAGGUGAUUAUAAUGAGUCCAAAGUGAAGGAUACAAACUUUCAAUUAGAAAGAAUGAUAGUAGUAGUAAUGUGGGAAGUCCUCAUAAUUCCAAACCAAAUGAUUGGAAUAUUAAAUACUCAAGAUAUUGGAUAUGAAUACGUGCCCAUGGAUGACAAACAUGAGUUCUCUUCUACAUCCAAUAUUGACACCGAAAAAUUUGAAGCUAAAUUGAUGGGAGUGAAUCGAUUACUAGUGGAUAAAGAAAUGAGUAGUGAAGAACAAAGAUACUAUUCAAAGAUUGAGGAUUGUAAAAGUAAUGAAUCGAAUGUUAGAGAAUCGGUUUCUGAAUCUAUUCAUGGAUGUUGCAUGAAAACAACAAAAGAAAUUAGUUUGUUUCGAGAGAAGCUUCAGGAUAUAGAUAACAAACAAUCAAAUCUCUUGUAUCUUUUGAAGGGGUUUACAAGCAAGACAACAUAUAGCUUGUUAAUAAUACAAUCAAAGGUGUCAAGUUUGGAACAUGUAGUGGAUCAAAUGGCACAAAACAUUGAUGAUCAUAAAGGAAGAAAUUUAAAAUCAACCUCCAAUUUUUUGAAAAAAAGUUCUACAAGACCCUCAACAUGCACUCCAAGGCAAUCACUAGAUACACUCACUAGACAAUCUCCAUUACAGCCCCCCAAACAAUCCGAUGCUUCUGAAGACUCCACAUUUUGUAGGGGUAAAUCCGGAAAUUCAACCAACCAAGGCAUAGACUCAUGGAUGGACCCCAUAAGUAGAAACAAUGUAGUCAAGACACACAAAAGGACAUCUCUAGACUGGGAAUCCGAAGUGCUAUAAAUAGAAAGAAAGAUUUGGAUGCUGCAUAUGUUGAUGCCUUGAAUUCUUGUGAUGAUGUGGCAUUAGUGUAUCUUUUUGACAAAACGGGCCCCGUUUUGGAAAAAUUAUCACACAUGACUGUGAAUGUGAUUGUUAGCACUUUGGCAACAUUCUUGUCAGAACAACGGUUUAUGAACUCAAUAAUCCCAUGGCUACAUCAAGUGGUGGAAUUAAGUGGUGUCCAUGGAUCAAACCACCUUCUACUCACUGCAAAAACAAGGAGUUCAGGAAGCUAUGAACAUGGAAUUACCAAAUACUACAUCAAGAAGAUCAAUAGCACAAUUAGUAACAAAAAUGCAUCAAGUUUGGGGAAAAUGCUCCUGAGAUGACUUUUUGAGGGAUGCUCAUUAGAUGUUUGUGCUUGUGGUAUGUUGUUUUUUUUAUCUGAAUAUAAAAAGAAAAAAAGAAAAACAGAAAGUUGCUUUAGUAGCAGAGAAUGUUUUUUUUAAACCAUUCUCUCAACAAUUGUUCUAUAUGAUGUAAUGAUUUUAAAAGCAAUGAUUUGUUCUCAUCAUUUACAUCUCUAAUAAUUUAUAAUAAAUAUUUCUACUACUAUGUUUUUGUUAAUUUUUU